UGUUCUAUAUUAGCUAUUGGGGUCAAUCGCAAUCCGUCAAAGGCACCAAACCAUACUGAAACGAAUCGAGUACAGGGAAAAAGCGUGGUUGGUGAAAUUCCUGGGAUCCCCACUGCAGGGACUAUUAUUUGUUGUUUUGAUUUACCCACUUUUUCUUUCUUUCAGUUCAAUCACUAUCUUAAUCCUCUCUUACACUCCACGCACAACUACAACUCUUCCAUCAUCAUUCAUUUCUAAAUUCGGAUUCGGACCCAAACCCCAACUCAUGGCGAGCACGUUGCGGCUAUACUUGACCUGCAUUCGGAACACGCUAGAGGCCGCAAUGUGUCUCCAGAACUUUCCCUGUCAAGAAGUCGAAAGGCAUAACAAACCCGAGGUUGAGCUCAAGACCAGUCCCGAACUCCUCCUCAAUCCCGUUUUGAUAUGUCGAAAUGAGGCUGAAAAGUGCUUAAUAGAAACAUCAAUCAAUUCAUUGCGGAUAAGUCUCAAGGUUAAGCAGGCAGAUGAACUUGAAAACAUACUGACCAAGAAAUUUCUUAGAUUUUUAUCAAUGAGAGCUGAAGCUUUCCAAGUACUCAGAAGAAAGCCUGUUCAGGGAUAUGACAUUAGCUUCCUUAUAACAAAUUACCACUGUGAGGAUAUGCAAAAGCACAAACUCAUUGAUUUUAUAGUGCAAUUUAUGGAGGACAUCGAUAAAGAGAUAAGUGAGCUCAAAAUGUCAGUGAACACACGGGGGAGGCUUGUUGCUACAGAAUUUUUGAAGCAGUUUAUCUGAUGCUUUUAACUAGUUGGAACUGCCAAAUCCGUGUAAAUUGUACUCUGCAGGUCUAGUUUCACUUCACUUAUCAAGUGCUUUGCCCCAUGAGCCAAUGGUCUGUGGCUUUAUUAUAUUUAACAGAAGUGCAGAAUAAAUUUUGUAGAGCUUAGUACAUUAUAUAAAGAAAAUUAUGACAAACCUCCAUGCCAUUCCGAGUAAUUGAAGCUACUAAAAGUUAGCACAUUUAUCACUUAAGUUUUUUUCAAUUUUCAA